UUUCUUGCUGCUCCUCUCUCAGUGUGUGGGUCUCGGGGUCCGAGGAGGCGCGGAGUAGCGGGGCUCAACUCCGCUGGCGCGUGCGCCCGGUAUACGAGAAAGCCCUCACGUUCCCACACUAGUUGGAGCGGUGCGGCCAGCUUGGCGGCCAGGACCGCUGCGCCCCGUUUCCCCUGUGAGCGUAGCCCCCAGGCACACACUCCCGUCCCCCCGCAAGACUUGGCCUCCAGCGUCCCUCACACAGACCCGCUCCUCCCCGCAGCCGCCUCGAUUGCUCGCGGCCACUUUGUUGGCUUCGUCCCUGGGGCGGGAAAGAGGGGGGGGGGAGGACGACGUCCCCACUCUGAAGCGGAGAAGAUGGCUGGAGGACGUCUGCUGCUGGGGGGUGACUUCCUGUCGCCGCCGCCGCCGCCCCCCCUCCCGCCGCCGCCGCUGCCGCCCCUCCCGCCGCCCCCGCCCGAGCCAGUGCUGGAGCAGUGGCGCUAUAGCCACGAAAGUGACUGGCAUUGGGCUCUGCGGCGGAGCUUCAUCUGUCGGCACCUGCACAGCUACCCCGGGGCUGCGCUCGACCAGCUCCUCGCGCUCUCCGCCGCCUGGACCAACCACGUUUUCCUGGGCUGCAGAUACAGCCCACGCUUGAUGGAAAAAAUUCUUCAGAUGGCCGAAGGUAUUGAUAUUGGGGAGAUGCCGUCAUAUGAUCUGAUGCUGCCCAAACCUUCCAAAGGCCAAAAACGCUACCUUUCAGCCUACGAUGGUCAAAAUCCUCCUAAAAAGCAAGCUGGUUCCAAAUUCCAUGUGAGACCUCGUUUUGAGCCUGUACAUUUUGUAGCUAGUAGUUCAAAAGCUGAAAGACAGGAAGAUCCUUAUGGCCCUCAAACAAAAGAGGUAAAUGGACGAACACAUUUUGUCAACAUGCCAAGAAACUUCUACCAAGAUUAUACUCAAGACUCUUUCAGUAUACAAGAUGGGAAUUCUCGGUACUGUAAUUCAUCGGGAUUUAUUUUCACAAAAGAGCAGCCUAUAAAAUCCAACAUGUAUUUUGACAAUGGGAACCCUGCCCCAAGCAGCACAUCCCAGCAGGCAAACUGUCAGCCACCUCCAGAGCCUUCUCCUUCACAGAUGUUUCCUGAGUCAGUGGUUGCUGAAAAACAGUAUUUUAUUGAAAAGUUAACAGCAGCUAUCUGGAAGAACCUUUCUAAUCCAGAGAUGACUUCUGGAUCUGAUAAAAUUAAUUAUACCUAUAUGCUAACUCGUUGUAUUCAGGCAUGUAAGACAAAUCCUGAGUAUAUAUAUGCUCCUUUAAAAGAAAUUCCUCCUGCUGACAUCCCCAAAAAUAAAAAACUUCUCACAGAUGGUUACGCUUGUGAAGUUAGAUGCCAAAAUAUCUAUCUAACUACAGGUUAUGCAGGGAGCAAGAAUGGGUCCAGGGAUCGAGCUACUGAGCUAGCUGUAAAACUCUUACAGAAGCGGAUUGAGGUUAGAGUUGUCCGGCGGAAAUUCAAGCACAUAAUUGGAGAGGACCUUGUUGUAUGUCAGAUUGGCAUGCUUUCAUAUGAAUUUCCCCCAGCUCUGAAACCACCAGAAGACCUGGUAGUACUGGGAAAGGAUGCUUCGGGGCAGCCUAUUUUUAAUAGUUCUGCCAAACACUGGACCAAUUUUGUCAUUACAGAAAAUGCAAACGAUGCAAUUGGCAUCCUUAACAAUUCUGCCUCGUUCAACAAAAUGUCAAUUGAGUACAAAUAUGAGAUGAUGCCAAAUCGCACAUGGCGGUGUCGAGUGUUCCUACAAGAUCACUGCUUAGCUGAAGGUUUUGGAACCAAGAAAACAAGUAAACAUGCAGCUGCUGAUGAGGCUUUGAAGGUUCUUCAAAAAACACAACCCACUUACCCAUCUGUCAAAAGUUCCCAGUGCCACUCAGGCUCUUCACCCAGAGGAUCUGGAAAGAAGAAAGAUAUAAAAGAUGUUGUAGUUUAUGAGAAUUCUUCCAAUCCUGUGUGCACAUUGAAUGAUACGGCUCAGUUUAACCGAAUGACAGUUGAAUAUGUCUAUGAAAGGAUGACAGGUCUCCGCUGGAAAUGCAAAGUGAUUCUAGAAAGUGAAGUCAUUGCAGAAGCAGUUGGGGUGAAGAAAAGUGUCAAAUAUGAAGCUGCUGGAGAAGCUGUAAAAACCCUCAAAAAGACCCAACCAACUGUCAUUAACAACUUGAAGAAAGGGACUGUUGAAGAUGUGAUUUCCAGAAAUGAAAUUCAGGGCCGCUCAGCAGAAGAAGCUUACAAACAGCAAAUCAAAGAAGAUAACAUAGGAAACCAACUGCUGAGAAAGAUGGGUUGGACGGGUGGUGGUUUAGGUAAAUCUGGUGAGGGCAUACGGGAGCCUAUCUCAGUCAAAGAGCAGCAUAAGCGAGAAGGGCUUGGACUAGAUGUAGAGAGGGUCAAUAAAAUUGCUAAGAGAGAUAUAGAACAGAUCAUCAGAAACUAUGCCCGCUCUGAGAGCCACUCAGAUUUGACCUUCUCCACAGAGCUGACCAAUGACGAACGGAAGCAAAUCCAUCAGAUUGCUCAGAAGUAUGGCCUGAAGAGUAAGUCUCAUGGGGUAGGCCACGAUAGGUACCUGGUGGUAGGUAGAAAACGGCGGAAGGAAGACCUACUAGAUCAACUCAAACAGGAAGGCCAAGUGGGACAUUACGAGCUUGUCAUGCCCCAAGCAAAUUAAGAUUUUACUAAGUUAUCUUGUAAAGGUCACAUGAGGCAGGUCUACAAAUAAAAAAAAAAGCCACAUAUUCUGGUUGACGAGUAUUCAUUCUUAAAAUGUUUCACCUUGUUCGUUUCAUAUAGUGCUUUAUUAGGUAUUGGGACCUGGAGAGAACUCUGUCCACUUGUAUUAGCUUAACCCAGCAGAUGAUAUUGUUUGUGCAGUUACUGUUUGUGUCUUUCAUAUUGUUCUGUCCCUCAGAUUCUAGUAGUUUGCACAAGCAAAAUCACCCAUCGAAGUGCAAUUUCACUCUGAGGAAAACAAUUCACACUAUAAAGGGCAUAGCACCGCACUCUGCAACAAUAUGUAAAGUCAAUGGUGACUCUAAUUCAACUGCAGCUACUUCCAGAUUUAAUUAAAAUGUCAGGUCAUUUUGUAUUACCAAUUUUCAUCUCUGUGUGAAGCCAGUUAUAGAACAUUUAACAAUGAAUUGUGCUGUACAUGUAAAUGUCCUUACCAACUACUAAAUGAUGUAAAACUUUCUUAAAACUAA